AUGGUAGGGUUGAUUUACCAGCUGAUUAUCACCAACAUCAAUACAUCAAGAUGUGCCAAAAACAUUGGGCGGGGAGUCCACAGAGAAGAGGAACAGUAUCAGCAACGUCCCUACUCUCAUGCUGAAUAUGCAUCGGCAGCAGAAGAAUCGGUGACACAUUCGCCAAUACAGCAACCUGCUUCCCCUAUACAUGAAGCACAACAUGAAGUCAACAAUUAUGAACCAAACGCAUAUGAGGUGAAUCAAGUCCGAGCUAUACAGGCUAGGCCGGCUGAUUCUGAAUAUGAUGAAUUUGCUGAACGAGUAGCAUGUGAAUUGUGUAAUCGCAAAUUCGCUUCGAAUAGGCUGGAAAAACAUAUGGAAGCAUGCCGCAAAAUGUCCAAUAGUCAUCGAAAGGUCUUUGACUCAAGUGUGGUGAGGACUGAGGGUACAGAGGCAGCCAAAUUCUACAAGGCUACACUAGAGAAACAGAAUUCUGACAAGGCAACAAAGACCUUCGAGGACACACGAAUAAAAAGGGCCCCAGUUCGACACUCGACCAAAGACAUGGGAGCCGUAAAAGCAAUCAAAGCAGCAGCUAAGCAAGCUGGUGGUGCUAGAGGAUCCUUCGCAGUUGCAGUUGAAAUAGAACUGAACGAGUGUCCGACAUGUGGACGUAAAUUUUCACCUGAUAGUUUAGAACGACAUGCCAACUUUUGUCGUGAAUCGGCGCUUAAGAAGCAAGCAAACAGGAACAAUGUGAAUCCUGCUGGGAAGGCUGCACUUGAUCGACGGCUUAAUUUUAAGGCUACGAGUAUGGCCAAGUAA